GUCCAAUCCAAGCAAAGCCAAGCGUCAUCUUCUUACUAACAUUGUUGGAAAAUCAGUCGGGCAAUAACGACACCACCAUUUUUGUCAAAAAAAAAAAACUCUCCCUUCGUGUAGUAUAUGACAUCUAAGUGUCUUAGCGGUAGAAGAAACCACAGACCAAAACCAAAAGAAAAAAAAAAAAAGGGAAAUGGAGGCCAUAGAGCACAAGACCGUUAAUGUCAAUGGAAUUAACAUGCAUGUGGCGGAGCUGGGCCCAGUUCAGGGCCCUGUCAUUCUCUUCAUCCAUGGAUUCCCGGAGCUAUGGUACUCCUGGCGCCACCAGAUCCUUGCUCUGGCUUCUCAAGGUUACCGAGCAGUGGCACCCGAUUUGAGAGGCUACGGUGAUACCGAUGCGCCGGCUGAUCCGCAGAGCUACACUUGCUUCCACAUCGUUGGCGAUUUAAUCAGGCUCCUCGACGCCGUGGCACCACAGCAGGAGAAAGUUUUUGUAGUGGGCCAUGAUUGGGGUGCCCUCAUCGCUUGGUACCUUUGCUUGUUUAGACCAGAUAGAGUAAAAGCUUUGGUGAACUUGAGCGUGCCGUUUUUCCGCAGAAACCCUGAGAUGAAAUUCGUUGACGCGUUUCGAGCCGCGUAUGGGGAUGAUUUCUACAUGUGCAGAUUUCAGGAGUAUGGAGACAUAGAAGCGGAGUUUGCUGAACUUGGUACAGAGAGAGUUAUCAAGGAAUUCCUGACUUACCGUAAUCCAGGUCCUUUCAUUUUUCCAAAGGGAAAAGUUUUUAGCCAACCAGCAGGAGAUCCAAUUAUUCUGCCCUCUUGGCUGUCUGAGGAAGAAGUUCACUACUACACCACCAAAUUUGACAAGACAGGCUUGACUGGUGGUGUGAACUAUUACCGGAAUAUCGACCGAAACUGGGAACUCACAGCACCAUGGACUGAGGCUCAAGUGAAAGUACCGAGUAAGUUCAUAGUGGGAGAUGAAGACCUUGUCUAUAGAUUUGUGGGUAUGAAGGACUACAUAGAGAAAGGAGGGUUCAAGAGAGAUGUUCCUCUUUUGGAAGAAGUGGUUGUAAUGGAAGGAGUAGCUCAUUUUCUGAAUCAAGAGAGGCCUGAUGAAAUUAAUAACCAUAUUUAUGAUUUCUUUAAGAAGUUCUGAUUUGUGAAAGAGAGUUAUCUCAUGCCUCUUUAUGGUUUGUUCUUAUCUUCUCUUUUUCUUUUUCAAAUGUUUUGUGGAAUAAAGAAAGUUUCCUAAUGAUUUGAGUUAUGGAAUAAAGAGGGUAAGUUUGCUUUA